UUUAAAAGCUACGUGUGAAGGAGACAUCGUGUUUGUCGGCAAGAUCUAUAUCAUUUGUGACUGAUCUAACGGGAAAAAUUCGAAAAUUUUAAUUCAUUUAAAUAAUCCAGCUACUUCUGGGCCAUCACAAUCAUCUUCAUCGUCUUCUGAUCUCUUUAGCACUAAAUUAAAUUCGUAGUCAAUAAUAUAACUCAAGAGAAAAGACAUAUUAUUACUAAGUCCGUGGUCUUUGCUUCCAUUUCAAUCCAGUUUGUGUUUGGUUUCGCCUGUCGGAGAGAGAAACGAAAGGAACAAAAAAAAAAUGGAAGAUCCUUUGAUUGGUAGAGAGAGUCGUGGUGGUGGUGGCACGGAUCGGAUCGUUCGUAGAUCAGAAGCCAUCACACAUGGUACCACGUUUCAGAAAGCUGCUGCUCUCGUUGAUCUGGCUGAAGAUGGUAUUGGUCUACCAGAGCAAAUACUUGACCAGUCCAGCUUCGGAGAGUCUGCAAAGUACUACUUCUUCUACACACGAUUAGAUCUCAUCUGGUCACUCAACUACUUCGCUCUCAUUUUGAUUAACUUCUUUGAGCAACCCUUGUGGUGUGAAAAUAAGCCUACGCCGUCUUGCAAAGACAGAGAUUACUAUUACCUAGGGGAGUUACCUUACUUGACCAAUGCAGAAUCCAUUAUCUUUGAGGUAGUUACACUGGUUAUACUACUUGUACAUACUUUCUUCCCAAUCUCCUAUGAAGGGUCCAGGAUCUUUUGGACAAGUCGCCUUAACCUAGUGAAGGUUGCUUGCGUUGUAGUUUUGAUAGUUGAUGUGCUGGUUGACAUUCUGUACUUGUCUCCAGUGGCUUUCGAUUUUCUCCCUUUUAGAAUCGCCCCUUAUGUGAGAGUCAUCAUAUUCAUCCUCAGCAUAAGGGAACUUCGAGACAGCCUCGUCCUUUUGUCUGGAAUGCUUGGCACAUAUUUGAAUAUCUUGGCUCUAUGGAUGUUGUUCCUUCUCUUUGCCAGUUGGAUUGCCUUUGUUAUGUUUGAGGACACACAGCAAGGACUCACGGUCUUCACUUCUUACGGUGCUACUCUUUACCAGAUGUUUAUUUUGUUCACGACAUCCAACAAUCCUGAUGUCUGGAUUCGUGCUUACAAGUCUUCUCGCUGGUCUUCGUUGUUCUUCGUGCUCUACGUGCUGAUUGGCGUCUACUUCGUCACGAACUUGAUUCUUGCCGUUGUUUACGACAGUUUCAAAGAACAGCUCGCAAAGCAAGUAUCUGGAAUGGAUCAAAUGAAGAGAAGAAUGCUGGAGAAAGCGUUUGCUCUUAUAGACAAAGACAAAACUGGGCAGAUUGAUAAGGAGCAAUGCAUUAAGCUCUUUGAACAGCUGACUAAUUACAGGACGUUGCCAAAGAUAUCAAAAGAAGAAUUCGGAUUGAUAUUUGAUGAGCUUGAUGAUACUCGUGACUUUAAGAUCAACAAGGAUGAGUUUGCUGACCUCUGCCAAGCCAUUGCUCUAAGAUUCCAAAAGGAGGAAGUUCCAUCUCUCUUUGAAAACUUCCCGCAAAUCUACCAUUCUGCCUUAUCACAACAACUGAGAGCCUUUGUUCGAAGCCCAAGAUUCGGAUACGCUAUUUCUUUCAUCCUCGUUCUCAACUUCAUUGCUGUCGUUGUUGAAACCACGCUUGAUAUUGAAGAAAGCUCAGCUCAGAAGCCCUGGCAGGUUGCAGAGUUUGUCUUUGGUUGGAUAUAUGUGUUGGAGAUGGCUCUGAAGAUCUAUUCAUAUGGAUUCGAGAAUUACUGGAGGGAUGGUCAAAACCGGUUUGAUUUUAUAGUCACAUGGGUCAUAGUUAUUGGUGAAACAGCUACCUUCAUAACUCCAGACGAGAACACUUUCUUCUCAAACGGAGAAUGGAUCCGAUACCUUCUCCUUGCAAGAAUGUUGAGACUGAUAAGGCUUCUUAUGCACGUCCAGAGAUACCGAGCGUUUAUUGCGACAUUCAUCACUCUUAUUCCGAGUUUGAUGCCUUAUUUGGGUACCAUCUUCUGCGUGCUGUGUAUCUACUGCUCUAUUGGUGUACAGGUCUUUGGUGGGCUUGUGAAUGCUGGGAACAAACAACUCUUCAAAACUGAGAUGGCUGAGGAAGACUAUCUACUGUUCAACUUCAAUGACUAUCCCAAUGGAAUGGUCACACUCUUCAAUCUGCUAGUGAUGGGUAACUGGCAAGUCUGGAUGGAGAGCUAUAAAGAUUUGACCGGGACGUGGUGGAGCAUUACGUAUUUCGUCAGUUUCUACAUUAUCACUGUUUUGCUUCUGUUGAAUUUGAUUGUUGCCUUUGUCUUGGAGGCCUUCUUUACUGAGCUGGAUCUUGAGGAAGAGGAGAAAUGUGAAGGACAGGAUUCUCAAGAAAGAAGAAACAGGCGUCGAUCUGCAGGGUCGAAGUCUAGGAGUCAAAGAGUUGACACACUUCUUCAUCACAUGUUGGGUGAUGAACUCAGCAAACCAGAGUGUUCUACUACUGCUACUGAUACAUAAAAAGCCCGUUAAAAAGGUUUUUUUGUUCUCUUUUAAUAUUUUGUUUUUGGAAGCGUUCUUGAUUCUAUGUAGAGAGAGUCAAAGAGAAUCUUCUGCCUGUCUCUGAGCAAGGUUUAAGAACCAUGAUAUUCUGAUAAAACUCUAGAACACCCUUUUCUGUUUGAGA